AUGCUGUUCGAAAUACUCAAGAACGUUAAGCUCGACCACGGCGCCGCACGGGUUGGCCGGCUGGCCCUGCCCCGCCAGCGCGCGAGAUUGCCCAUCGACACGCCCAACUUCAUCGCCAUCACCUCGCGCGGGUCCGUGCCUCACAUGACGCCCGAUGUCGUUACGAGGCAUACACAGCUGGCAGGGGCCUACAUGGCUCUCGAGGACUUCGUUGAGCUGUCACAAAAGCGCAAGUCUCCAGCGCUCUACAAAGCCUCGGCCGUACUAAACGGUGGCUUGAACCAGACUUCAUCACCGCCAUCAGAAACCGAUACCAGCAGCACCAGCACCAGCAGCAAGGGAGCACUGCACUUUUACACCGCCACCCCGCCAUCACAGACGAUUGUCCUCGCCGCGCGGCGGCACCCGGCCGUCACGGCGCCGAUGGGCAACGGCGUCGACUACGUCUCGCUCUUCACGUCUACGGGAUUCCAGAAGCUCAAGGUCGACGAUUACUGCGACGCGGUCGCCGACGUGCGGCCUGAUGUCGCGGUGCCGCUGGCCGACCUGACGUACGGAUAUGCCGAGGCGGGGAAUCGCUUGGCGAACCCGAAACGGCAGCUACGCAUGGUGGAGAGGACGGAGGACUGGGUGGCCAACUUCUUUGCGCGGUGCACCGGUGGUGCUGGUGGUGGUGCAGCAGGAGCGGGCAAAAAGGUGCUCGACAACACGGCCGUGUUUGCGCCCACACUGCCGGUGCCGUACUCGAUGCAGUGGGAUUACCUGAACCGGCUCAGCCAGGACCACCGCGAGCACAUAUCAGGUCUUGCGAUAUACGACGCGGAUAUCCUCGCCGACCUGGGCGAUUAUCCCGCUCUCACGCCACUGCCGAGGAUGUCGAUGGACUUCUUCAUGUCACCGCAUAACAUACUGAGACAGGUCCAGCUGGGCAUGGAUUUGUUCACUGUGCCGUUCAUCAACACUGCUUCUGACGCGGGAAUUGCCAUGACUUUUCAAUUCUUGCCGCCAGCAGGAGACAACACGGGCACGGGCGUCAUGCCACUUGGCAUAGAUAUGUGGUCCGAGACGCAUAGAGUGGCUGUGAAGCCGCUGCUCGAAGGGUGCACUUGCUACGUCUGCACGAAGCACCACAGGGCAUUCUUGCAACAUCUGCUCAACGCAAAGGAGAUGCUCGGCUGGACGCUGCUGCAGAUCCACAACCAUCACAUCGUGAGCCAGUUCUUUGCAGACAUACGGAAAGUGCUUAGCGAAGAGUCGCCGGAGACUUUCGACGACUACUGCAGACAGUUCCAACUGAGAUAUGAUAGCGAGCUGCCCAAGGGCACUGGCGAGCGACCAAGGGCUCGGGGUUACCAUUUCAAGGCCGAGGCAGGCCAGGCAAAGAUAAACAAGCCUGCCUGGGAGAAAUUUGAAGCUUCAGACUCACAGCUCAAUGCGGGCUUGGAACGGGUCUCGGCAAAGGGACAGGUCGGGUCCGUGGCUACUGGCGCUGCUCUUGAGGGGACAGAAACACCAGUCGUGCCAGAAGGGACCGCUAGCGAAUUGGUUGAGAAAGGCUUUGCGGAAGUAGAUUCCGGAAAAACAUAG